AUGUCACCCUUACUCAAGGAUUACUUGAAUCGACGUAUUAUCGUAGUCAAAACUGAUGGGGAAGCAUUUUACGCCACCCUGGAGGGAUUCGAUAAAAAUACAAACCUACUGCUUUUCAAUUCACGUAACCUGAACGACGAGCCAAUAUGCAUGGCCCAAGUGCUAAGGGGGAGUGAGAUAGUCCUCUGUGGACUAGUCGAAGACGACAGCAAUCUGACUUUGAAACUCAACUCUGCGUCGAAUAUAAAAGAUACAAGGAAUAAAGUAACUAAUGAGUAUUUAAUAUGGGAAGCUGUUUGGAAAAAACAGUUAAAAAAGUAA